UUAAAAACGAAACUUAUGUUAUAGCUACUUGAAACUUACGACUGCGGCCCAGCCCAAGAGUAGUUUGCCAGCUCUUCAAAGUUCAACAAAGACACUGAAGAGGUGUCAUGCCAUGGUUUCGAGGAUUUCCGUAAACUGCAAUACAUCGACUGCUGAAACAUCACGAUGAAGUGCUCCAGUUGUGACCAUAUUGCAUCCGAAAAGACAGCCAAGUUCUGCAGUGAGUGUGGCUUGAAGCUAUCUGCACAACCUUCAAUCCAGGCACCUGAUAAAGAUGCUGCCCUUGUCCCAGAUACUGGCCUUGUUCCAAAUGCUUCAGAACAAUCUUUGAAUGAAGGGGCUCAGAAGACAGGCUCGCAGAAUGACUCUUCAUCCCUGGACAAUCAAGAUAACAGAUCCCCCAAAAGGUCUAACGAAGAGAUCAACUCCAAACCUAAGAAAAAGCGGAAAAAAAAGAAAACAAAAAAGAAGAAAGAUGGGAAAGAAGACCCUUCGUCGUUGUCAUCAGAUCAGAUGACCUCUGACCCUUCCGACAUCUCCCUAGCGACGAAGAGUGAGGAAGCAACAGAGUCGUCUGAUAGUGACAGCUCGGUCAGUGUCAUGGGCGAGACUCCAGACCCACUUUGUGUCACUCCUGACCCCCUGGCUAAUAAGCAAGCUAGUCCAAUGGGAGCACCCGAUACCACCAGACCAUCAGAGAGUCCACCUGACAAUCACAGCCUUCAAGGUAGUACUCCUUCAGAGGGCAGUGCAGAGAGCACGUCUGCUACAGAGCCAGGGGUCCAGCAUAAAGGAGAGGGCGAUGCACCUUCAUCACUUGUAAAGGGCACAUCCGAAUCAACUCCAACAGGCACUACUACCUCUCUUCCAGAGUCUGAGGGCAAGUCCUCCACUAACACUCCACAGUCAGGCUCAGUCGAAGUCAGUAAGAUCUCCGACGAGACGGGUCCAAAGCCGCCGACCAAUAGCACAAAGAACAAGAAAGAUGCUGCCAACUCCAAGAAAACGAAUGCGGACCAAACUGCUAAAGUAGGCCAGAAUGCCAACCAGAGUAAGCAGGGCAAACAGAAAGGGAAAGCAGAUGCAAAAGAGCAGCAACAGAAGCAAAGCCCUGCCGCCCAAGGGCAGAUGGUUUUUGGGACACAAAAACCACAGACGGAGAGCAAAGGCUCCAGUGUUGACCCAGAUCGGAAGGUGGAGGAGAUGGAGGUCCAGCAGUCUGGCCAAGGGAAAGGAGACACCUCCUCAGCAACACAGAGUCCAGACACCAAGACAAACCAGACAGACAAGUCAAGCAAAGAGUCUGACAGCAAGACUCAGGAUCCUCCACCACCUAAAAGGAUAACAUCAGGGAAGAAGCAGAUACCUGCCUGUGACAGACUCACAAUUUAUUUCCAUGCAGUCCUAUCAAAGGAUUUCAAGUUUAACCCAGAUGAGGACCGCAUAUUCAUCAGGGCUGGAGAGCGCAUUGGGAAAUGGGAUGAUAAUACUGCUGAGCUCACUGUGACUAGGGACCUUGGAGUGCAUGGAUUCUUAGUGGAAGGCACCCAUGUCACAACCAAAGAGAAAGCAGGAUCUGUGUCUAUACCAUACAAGUAUGUCAUCUACAAGAGCAAAAAAAAUAAAUACGAGUUUGAGUAUAUCUACAAACCGGAUUCUUCAAACGUGACCACCAAUAGGUGUCUUUUUGUGAAGUCCCAUCUGCUCAAUGCAGAAGGGGACUGGCAUCAGUAUGAUGACAUCAUCUGCGUAGAGCCAUCCACGGGUGUGCUAAAACGAUUCAAAGCUUUAUGGUCUGAUCAAAGGAAAAGUGUCAUAGAGGGCAGGGAAAUCGCAGGGAACAUAAUGCUAGAGACGAUAUUUGAUCUUCUUAGGAGUUGGAGUGACAUCAACCUCAGGAGUUUCAUCAAACAACUGAAUCAGUUUUAUGAGAUCUAUGGAAACCCCUAUGUGUAUGAAGAUACACACAGGAAAUGGCACUCAUUGGACUACAGUGAAAACGACGUCAAAAAGCUGCUGAAACAGUUCAUGUUGAAGAGUGUGAUUCCUCAACUGCAGACAGAAGGGGACCUUAAGAGUGACUACGUUAAGGAUCCUCUGAGAGCGGCAUUGAUAAUGCUUUAUGUGUGGAAAAAGUAUACCCUCAAAAUGGACAACGGAGAACUCUCUCGUCUCUGCACAGCCCUCUGUCUGCCUAAAUUGCCGAAAGAGGAAUUCUUACAGUACUGGACAGACUUUGCACAAUCUGUCUCAGAACUCAAAACUGUGACAGAGACAUUGUUGAUUCUUAUCAACCAUGUGAAAGAUUUAGGAAUGCCCCGGUGGAUUCUGCCCAUCCCCCUUCUCCACCUUCUGAAGGGCACCUCCAAACCCUUCCAGCCAGUCUCUUUCACCACGAGCCCCAGAUAUGAACAUUCUUGGGCAGGCCUGCAGGGCAUCAAAAUGACCACCUUGACACUAAACAGUCAAGAAAGGAAAGCAGUGUUCAAUCUCAUGAAAAACUAUAGCCACAUGGUGGAGGUGGACAGACUGGUGGUUCGGUCCUGGAUGUUUCUGAUGACCAUAGAUGAACUGAUACCAUGUAGCAUCGCCAUCAACACUGACCUCUUGGACAUGCUUAACAUCUUCAUCCUAAAGGCCCCUGUGGACAUAUCCUACAGCAAUAAUGAAAAAGUUUCCGAGGCACUUUCACAUGUUCAAAGUAAUCUCAUUGAGCAUAGAUACAGUUGUCACAAUCACAGUUAUGGGAGAGACUGUCUGGCAACUGCAGUAAAACUGCUUGACAAGAUCUGCAAAGGGGUUCGGUCCACAUACAUACAGAACUUCUCAGAUGUCCCUGUUGCUUUCAUGAAUCUUGUAGUCUUAGUCUCAGACUUUGCCCAGUCUUCUGAGACAAAGGUGACUCAAGAAGAAGAGCAGGAUCAUACACAAGCUAAACGUCUUGAGCUGCUGGAUGAGACGAUGGGAAUCAUGAGAGCCUGGAUCAACCAAACCUUUAGAGAGAAGCUGCUGAAAAGGGGUCUGACAUCCAUGUACCUCAGUGUACAAGUCUCCUCAACAGAAAUUGAGAUGUGGAACAACAUCCUCUCUCUAAACUUCAAGAAUGAGGAUUUCACAAAUGAAUGGAAACAAACCUUCACAAAGGAUUUAGAGGGUAAACUUCAGCAGGAGUCCCAUCUGGAUCAAAUUGAGGUUUACUGCUCAAAGAUCGAAGAGAUGAAUGAAUCUUACCCACAUGUAGCUAGGAGUAUUGAGAAGUGUGCCCUUGAAGCUGUCACUACAUUGUGUCAGAGUAAGUCUGAAGGCAAGCUGUUUGAGAGGAUAAACUUCAUGAAAUGGAACUAUAAAUUUGGAAAACUCAUCUCUGCCAUAAUCGAGAAAUCUUGGCCAAAAGAUAGCCGUGGGCGUUACCAGGAAGAAGAGGAGGUGGUCCUUCGACACCUCUUGUCCUGGACUGCUGCCAAGAACAUCUUCCAGCUACAUGGUGCUGAUGAAAAGCUUGUAGAGCAUCUUUCUGACCUGGCCAGGGAGAGAAUUUCAGUAGCAAUUUCCUUCUUCACGGCCAUCUCCAAACAGCUGAUUCAAGGAAACAUCAAGAUGAACCUGCUGAACUACAUUCUGGAGAAGAAGGAUACUUUUACAGAGCUCCUAAAAAUAGACUGUCUCUCUGAGAAUGAGCGUUACAAAGAUGGCACCCCUGUGAAGAGGCUGCUGCAGUGGAGACAGGAGGAGGUUAAAGCUGUGUAUCAUGCGAAGGAGCUCGUGAAAAUCCUGCUGUCAAUGAGCCGCAAACUUGAGGAACACAUCACGGUCGAUUUAGAUGAGUUGGAAGAAAGGCAAAGCACCAACAUUGAAUUGAUGACCUUGGACCAGUUUAUGGAAGUUCAUUCAUUUGAACAGCUGUCCUCGCCAGUGGCUGGUGUGGUCACAUACUUUGACCUUGAUGAAACCAUAAAAGAGAUGGCAGAGGUUCUUCUUACUUUUGAAAAAAGCUUCAUAUUCAAAAUGUGCUGGGUGGAGGAGGCUAGAUUAUAUGCUAGUGGAAAUGCAAAUGGUGAACUUGAAGAAGCUGGAGUGGUUGACAUUAUGGCGACACCAGAUAUGAUAUACGACAACUUUUUUCGGCCUUGUUUUGCCAAGUAUGAAGAGAUUUACAAAUGUCUGAAGAAUGGAUCUCUUAGGCUUGGGGAGGUCGAUGCCCUCUUUAAAGCCUACAAAGGAAAGUAUGAGGGGCUAGCAGAAGAGCUGGAAAUCAUGUGCAAAAUCGACAAGUCCAGUGACAAACAGUGGAUCCAGAGAAGAGCCCAGCAGAUCGAGCAGUACCAUGAGCUUCACCUUGCUGUCACGUCAGCUCAUGUCAUUAUGGUGGUCCAGGAGACCCUUGGCCUUCAAGGCGACUUCCAGGUUCUACAGACUUUGUUAGAAGUUACACACGCUGACUUCAAGAAUGAACAUCUGGAUCGUAUCGACAAUGACCUGAUGCAGGCUAAAAUGGUUCUGGUGGAUAUCACAGAACCUCGCAGACUGUGUCUUCAGGAGCUUGGUCUCCGGAGAAACUUUGUCAACUGGGUGAAAGAUGCCCUUGAAGAUAUCAAUGAGCUGAAAGUGUUUGUCGACUUGGCCUCCAUCUCUGCUGGAGAGAAUGACCUAGAUGUGGACCGUGUCGCCUGCUUCCAUGACGCUGUCCUUGGAUACUCCUCAAUGCUCUAUGAACUGAAGCCUGACUCUGGCUUCGUAGCCCUCAAAGAGAUGCUGAAGAAGCUUUGGAGGGCAUUGGAGAAUGACACCCACCUCCCUAAGAAGCUGCAAGACACUGCUCGCCACCUUGAGUGGUUGAAGACUGUUAAGGACAGCCAUGGGUCUGUAGAGUUGUCCUCUCUCUCUUUAGCAUCAUCCAUCAACAACAAGGGUAUCUAUGUCAUCAGUGCACAGAAUGUAAAAAAGUUGAGCAUGGACACAGCUGUGAAGCUGCUGAUCCCAGAGGACCACGACGAGGACAGGGAAAUGCGUUCCUACUCUUUGGAGGACCUGAGGGAGCUGCAGAACAAACUGAUGCUCAUGUCUGGGAAGGGAGACCAGGGUCAGUGUGAGGUAGAGCAAUUUGCAGAGGUCUUUGCUAGUGUUCAAAGAUUAGCCGUGGCAUUCAUUGCUCUAUAUACAGCUGGAAAUCCCCUGUUCAGAUACUGGGAGGCCCACAUCAACUGCAACUCAGGCAUCGACGAAUCAGGGAUUGUCAUGGACUUCCAUUUGGGCAGUGUUGUCAGUUUCAUUAUGGUGGAGGGAAGAAUGGUGGAGCAACUGCCUGAAUUGUGCAAGAAAAUGGAGACUUGUUUGAAAUACUGGGAAGACUUCAUAGAUAAACAGAGAUCUGAUCAUUACUACCUUAAUUACUACACGGCUGAGCAGAUUGUCUACCUGUGCAGUAAGCUCACUCAGGAAAAAGUGACUGGCUUGGAUGACCAAGUUAUCAUGAUGCUGUCCUUUGUGAAACCCAACUGCAAUGCCUCAGAUCUAAGGCAUGUUUGGCAUGAACUCCAGUAUGAAAUCCUCACCAAACCAACUGAGCAAAAUAAGGACAUUGACUUUCAAACCUUUGUUGAUGUCUCUUGUGGUGCAGAGCAAAUACCUGAGUUGAUAGAAGAGCUAGAUCUCCCCGAUAAUUUGGCAAGUCUUGUUGAACAAGCUAGUGGCACACAGAAGCUGAAUUUGAUGUGGAAUGCUUACAUGAAAGACAUGAAGAACUUCCUCCCCGACACUCUGGAUGUCAGAAGUCUAGGAAGACUUCUGGAAAUAUUGGCCAACAAAGAAGAUGAGACCGAGGAUGACACUGAAGAAAAGAAGGAAAGCAUCCUCUUUAGACAGAUGCCACAUGGCCUUGCCACAGGGAGCCCAAACCUCAUUGUUUGUCCGCACGAAGAUGUCUUGACAUCUUGCAUAUCCAUUUACAUGAGAAGUGAACAGGAGCCAUUGCCGACUUACGACGAGGUCCUGUUGUGCAGCUCAUCUACACCUUUUGACCAGGUGGAACUUUUUCUCAGGCGCUGCCUCACUGCUGGUUACCGAGGAGACAAGAUCCACACCAUGCUGUAUGGGGAUCAGCUGACUUACGACGUGAGCUCCAAAGUUGAGAACUUCUUCCAGCGAAUACAGGGGCAAAGCAGGAAGGACUACAGGCUUGUGUUGAUCUGCAGUUCAGACGGAGAGGAUGCCUACCUUCCCUCAGCCUUCAGCAAACACAGACUGCACAUGGUACCUCAGGAGCCCUUGGCUAGGAUUCAGAAGUACCUCAACAGACACUACACUGUCCCAGCAGAUGAAUGCAGUGCUGCUGCCGUGUUCAAAGAUAGACUGUGUGUUGGAGUUGUGUCAUCUGAAAGAGCUGGGGUUGGUAAAUCACUUUACAUCAAGAGGAUGUACGAGAAACUGAAGGCCAGCACAAAGAUGUCUUCACUGCUGAAAUGUAUCCGCUUGAUUGACCCAAGGGUUGAUGAAAAUAUCCUUGUCCACUCUCUGCUCAACACACCACAGAAAGCAGAACUGAUCAUCUUCCAUUUUGAUGUCACAACAUCGGUGCAGAAGGGCCUCAAUCAGUUUCUGUUUAAACUGCUGGUGCUACGUUAUUUAAUGGAUUCUGAGGGACGAAUGUGGAAAUGCAGCAGUCAGCAGCUUUAUGCAAUUGAGAUCCUAAGGUCAACUGUAAAGUUGCCUAGAAAUAUCUCAAGAAAGAGUCAGAGUGCAAACACCACAUUCCUGGAUGUUUUCCCAAACAUAAUGUGCCGCCCUCCGAAAGAGGUUUUGGAGAUGGAAAUGAAAAUGCAAGAAGAGACUUGCACUGUGAAGCCAGAGGACCCUCUAAUGGAUCAUCAAGAGUUCAGAAGCGAAGCCUUUCAGAGGCCAUACCAGUAUCUGACGCGAUUCCAUAAUCACGUGGAUCUCAAUGCCUACAUGUAUGGAGGAGUUGAGGGGUCGCAUGGAGAAUGCCUGCAAAUGCUCCUCAUGCACUGUGGCAUCAUGGAUCCAUCUUGGGCUGAGUUGAGGAACUUUGCGUGGUUCCUAAACCUCCAGCUAAGAGACUGUGAGACGUCUGUUUUCUGUGAUGCCUCUUUCACAGGCGACACUCUUCAGGGAUUCAAGACCUUUGUGGUGGACUUCAUGAUUCUAAUGGCCAAAGACUUUGCCACUCCAUCACUCAGCAUUUCAGACCAGAGUCCUGGGAGGCAGCAGAUUGACCUCACUGGGGUGACCGAUGAAGACUUGGCCCCCUUCCGGAUUAGGAAGAGAUGGGAGUCAGAGCCACACCCAUACAUCUUCUUUAAUGACGACCAUGUUUCCAUGACCUUUAUUGGUUUCCACCUUCAACCUAAUGACCAGAACUUUGUUGAUGCCAUUGAUCCAUCUACGAGACAGGUAAUCAAAAAAAACAUCAUGACAAAGGAGCUGUACGAAGGCCUAAAGCUACAGAGAGUCCCUUUCAACAUGGACUUUGAUCAACUGCCCAGAGGAGAGAAAAUUGAACGCAUCUGCAAUGUUCUGGGAAUCCAGUGGCCUCUUGAUCCUGAUGAAACAUAUGAGCUCACCACCGACAACAUCUUGAAGAUGCUGGCAAUCCACAUGCGGUUCAGGUGUGGCAUUCCUGUCAUAAUCAUGGGAGAGACCGGAUGUGGAAAGACAAGGCUCAUAAAAUUCCUCUGUGAACUGCGAAGGUCUGGAGUGGCCACUGACAACUUGAAACUGGUCAAAGUGCAUGGAGGAACAAGUUCCGACAUGAUCUACACCAAAGUCAGAGAGGCAGAAGCCAUUGCAUCUAUCAACCUAGAACACUACAACUUUGAUUCUGUUCUUUUCUUUGAUGAGGCCAACACCACAGAAGCCAUCAGCAGUAUUAAGGAGGUCCUCUGUGACAAAACUGUUGAAGGAGAACAUUUGAAUGCCAACUCCGGCUUGCAAAUCGUUGCUGCAUGCAACCCCUACAGGAAGCACACAGAUGAAAUGAUUCAGAGGUUGGAAUCAGCUGGCCUUGGAUAUAGAGUUCGAGCUGAAGAGACAGAUGAAAAGCUGGGGUCCAUUCCGCUCCGCCAGUUGGUGUACAGAGUACAGUCGCUACCGCCAAGCAUGAUCCCCCUGGUGUGGGACUUUGGUCAGCUCAACGAUCAAACUGAAAAGAUGUACAUCCAACAAAUUGUCCAGAGGGUGGUUGCAACCAACAUGGUUGAUGCAGACUACAUUACACUGAUAACAGAUGUCCUGUCUGCCUCACAGAAAUACAUGCGGACAAGGAAAGACGAAUGCAGCUUUGUAAGCCUGAGGGAUGUGGAACGUUGCAUGCAAGCUUUUGUGUGGUUCUACAAAAGCCAUGAGAUGCUACUUGCAGAGCUUCAGAAGUUUGUGAAGAACCAAAGCACAGAGAGGGGUGAGAAGAAUCCAAAGGGCCUGCAUGAGAGGGACCCAGUCUUGUGGUCUCUUGUGAUGGCAGUGGGAGUCUGCUAUCAUGCCUGCUUGGAAUACAAAGAGAAAUACCGAAAAAGAAUCUGCAAGUGUCUUCCAGAAGCUUACACCCCAGUGAAAGUAAUGCAGGAAAUUUCCCUCAUGCAGGAUCUCCUUCUGAGUGGAGUCCCCUUGGGGGAAACCAUUGCAAGAAACAACGCUCUUAAGGAGAAUGUCUUCAUGAUGGUGAUCUGCAUUGAGCUGAGAAUCCCCCUCUUCUUGGUAGGAAAACCUGGAAGCUCAAAAUCUCUGUCUAAAACCUUGGUUGCUGAUGCCAUGCAAGGCCAAGCGUCCCACUCAGAACUCUACAAAAGACUGAAACAGAUUCACUUGGUGUCUUUCCAGUGCAGCCCCCACUCCACACCAGAAGGCAUCAUAAAUACGUUCAAGCAAUGCGGACGUUUCCAGGAGGGAAAGAAUCUGAGAGAGUACAUUUCUGUGGUGGUGCUGGAUGAAAUUGGCCUGGCUGAGGAUUCACCCAAAAUGCCACUGAAAACCCUCCACCCUCUGUUAGAAGAAGGAUGCAUCGAUGAUGAGCCCCUACCGCACAAAAAGGUUGGAUUCAUCGGUAUAUCUAACUGGGCAUUGGACCCUGCCAAGAUGAACAGAGGAAUCUUUGUGUCCCGCGGUGACCCCGAUGAGAAGGAGCUGAUCGAGAGUGCUAAAGGCAUAUGCUCGUCCGACACAAUGAUCCUUGAAAAGGUCCGAGAUUUCUUUCAGCCCUUUGCUAGAGCCUACCUAACCAUCUGCCGUAAACAGGGCAAAGGCUUCUUUGGCUUGCGUGACUACUAUAGCUUGAUCAAGAUGGUUUUUGCCAUCACCAAGGCUACAGAGCAGACUCCAAGUGCGGAGAAGAUUGUGGAGGCUGUGCUGAGGAACUUCAGUGGCAGAGAUGAUGUGGAUGCUGUCACAGUGUUCUCCAACAGGCUGCAGAUCAAACCAAAUCUGGAGAGCAUUAGUGCUAUUGAGCUGGUGAGGGAAAACAUCAGAGCGAUUGGCCAGGAGGAAGAAUGCCGCUAUUUGCUGGUUCUGACAAAAAACUAUGCAGCUCUACAGAUCCUUCAGCAGACCUUUUUCUCAGAGACCUGCCAGCCUGAGAUCAUCUUUGGCUCCAGCUUCCCCAAGGACCAGGAGUACACCCAGAUUUGCAGAAACAUCAAUCGAGUAAAGAUCUGCAUGGAAACCGGUCGAACCAUUGUGCUCCUGAACUUGCAGAAUCUUUAUGAAAGCCUCUACGAUGCUCUGAACCAAUACUAUGUCUGCCUGGGAGGACAGAAGUAUGUGGAUUUGGGCUUGGGAACCCAUCGUGUGAAAUGUAGAGUGCACAAAGACUUCAGGCUCAUUGUCAUUGAAGAAAAAGAAGUGGUCUACAGGCAAUUCCCAAUCCCGCUCAUCAACAGGCUGGAGAAACAUUACCUGGACAUUAACACUGUCCUCAAGAGUGAGCAAAAGAGAAUUGUUGAAGAACUGGAGAAAUGGGUGGGACAGUUUGUUGCCCUUCACAAUCAACACAGCAUGGCACCACAGGCCCACAAGUAUCAGCCUCCUGAUGUCUUCAUAGGCUACCAUUCUGACACAUGUGCUUCCGUGGUCCUCCAAGUCACAGAGAGAGAGAAGGGAGAGAUGGACGACUCAGAUCCCCAAAGAAAAGUGCUGGAUGAGGCUAAACUCAUCAUGCUCAACUGUGCCACCCCUGACUCUGUUGUGCGGCUAGACUGUACAAGUCUCUCCAAGGUGGAAAUCGAAGGUUUGGCCAGAGUCUACUUUGAGGAGCAGAAGCAUAGUUCUCUGGCUGACUUCAUGGUCUCCCACACACAACAGGACGACCAGUGUCUUUCCUCUUUCACAGAGGUGACAACAUUCUCCCGACUUCUGACAACAUGUGACAUUGGACCAUUGGAGGAGAUGGUGCAGAGUGUAGAACUGCUCUCUCUACAGCAAUUUGACACAGAAUAUUCCUUCCUCAAAAAGAUCAGGCAUUUUCUCACAAGAGAAACCAAAAGAAAGAAUGCAACGAGCAACAAGAUCCUUAUCAUUCAGUCUGACUUUGUGGAAGCAUCCCACGGCGCAAAUCUGAUUGCAUCUGCAAAAUAUUCGGCCAUUAACGAAAUCAACAAGUCAAGACGUGAGGAGAUGGAUGGGAAGGUUUUCAUUUACUUUAUCACCAAACUGCCGAGGAUGGAAGGAGGGACUUGUUAUGUUGGAUUUCAUGGAGGUCCAUGGAGGUCAGUCCAUAUAGAUGACCUGAGAAGAUCAAAAGACAUUGUGUCAGACAUCAAAGCCUUGCGCAAUCUGACAAUAAGCCAACUCUUUGAGGAAAAGCAAGAUCAAACUGAACCUAUGGAGGUUGAUGACAUGUACUCUGAGACAGAGCAACAUGAGACGGAACAGGGGGACCAGUCUGGCUGGGAGAGUUUUGUAGACACAACAGCACUGGUGCGUAGCUGUGUCCAGAGUGCGGUGGGCAUGCUCAGAGACCAAGUAGAGGGUGGCAGCCGCAGCACCAGACGAGUUGAGAUCCUGCUGACUCUUCUGUCCGACAACGAAGAAAUAAGAGGAGAAUUCUUGAGAACUGUGAAAAGACGCCUUCAUUCUCUGCUGGUCACCUACGAUAGCAGUACCCUCUCUUCAAAUAAAAACAACUGGGUCAUCAAGGAGGCGUCCAACAUUGAUGCUUUGCAAGAGGGAGGCACCUUCAGACACACCCUGUGGAAGCGUGUCCAAGCUGUGGUCGUACCCUUUCUGGCUCAGCUGAUCUCUGUCGUCGACCGCGACCAAAACCUGGACAUCCUUCUGGACACCAACUCUAGUGAGCCUGUCAAGAAGCUGUGGUUGGACAUCUUUGGGAAUGAAAAACUACUGGAUGUCCCCUAUGCAAGAGUGGACCACAACGCUGAGUCCCAUACUAUCCUGGUCCAGAACUACAUUUCUCCAGAUAAGAACGUCAGCUGCAGCAUGCCUUUCAGCUGGAGGAUCAAGGACUACCUGGAUGAACUCUGGGUUCAUGCUCUUCAUCGUGAAGGCCACACUCAAAGUCAGUUUGAGGAGUUCUUUGGGAAGACUCCACUGGGCAGAUGCAUCUUGAAAGCAGAGAAGGAGAUGCAGGCAGAGUUUUUCCAUAGAUACCUGCAGGAUUUCAUCUCCAUGACAAUGAACCUUGCCUCUGAGGAUGAUCUACAGCUCCUCUGUGGUGCCCUGAAUUGCUGUGUUAACGAGAUGCGAGUCCAUUCUGAAAAUGAAGUGCUAUCACUACCUUGGGUCCAUGCGGCCUACCACAAAUUUAAGAACCGUUUGCAAAACCUCUCCAGGAUGAUCCACAUUGAGCCCCAGGUGCCCGCUGCUCUCCAGGGUAACAUCCACGCCAGGGAGGGCGCCGAGCUGGUCCUGGAUGUGUACGCAGCAUUGGCCUCCGUGGAGGUCCUGGAGCCCCAGGCUCUGGACACAGACCCCCAGAGACGGGCCUGGCUCAGGCAGGUCAAGAGGCUGCAGGUCCCCAUAGAGCUGGUCUGCUCCGAGGAGAGUGUGAGGCAUUAUGGAGAGAGGAGCAAGACCAUGGCUUGCAGGGUCCAAACUGGGUGGAACCGCAUCUUCUCCCUGUCUUUGUUCGUGGAGCACAUGUUGCUGGGCAUCGAGGGAGAGGAGGUGAAACUGAAAACACUAGUCUUGGAGCACAUGCGAGGACUUGGCAAAGUACUGGAAAAGAGUUCUGACCUAAAAAUUCAGAAGCCGUUUGAAGAUGUGAUCGGUAUAUUGAAGGCCUGCAAAGAUGGAGCAGUGGAAUGUUUCUUCAGGUUUGGCCUCCAGCCAUGCCCAGUGUGUUUGGGCGACCCUCAGGACCCCCUCAGUCUGCCCUGCAAACACAUCUACUGCUUGGGCUGCAUCAAACAGUGGCUGAUCCCAGGCCAAAUGUACUGUCCUCUGUGUAUGGACGCUGUUCCCGAAGAUCUCUCCUUCCAACCCUCAGAGGACAUACGUCAACUCAUCAACCAGAACGCCCAGUUCAGGAAACGGUGCAAUGCCUUCUUCAUAGACAUUGUCUCUACCGUGUGCUUCAAGGACAACACCCCCCCCUGCCAGAAAAUUAUUCACCACCUUCUGUCAUUCCUCAUGGUGGAGGUCCAAGCUGUACCCAUCAUCAGAAGCAAGCAGAUUCUGACCAAGGCGCUUUCUCCCUUUGAUGACUCUGUGGAUAAAAACCCAGUGGUGCGGUCUGUAGUGCUCAAACUUCUGCUCAAGUACAGCUUUGAUGACAUCAAAGGCUACCUGCAACAUCACCUGACUGCAGUGGAGCAAUCCAACAUCUUGGAGGAGUCAGACAAAACAAAUCUCUACUCCCUUUACAUAAACUGCUUGGAGGACUCGAUGUUUGAGAGGACGCAGUGGCACACAGUGGCAGAGCAGCAGGCGUGUCUGAGGGAGGAGAGAGCCUUCCUGGGGGACUUCCUGCAGUCGCACGCUGCCUCGGGGGCCCAGGGCGCCACCGUGGAGUACCUGCAGCAGAUAGCCAGGACGCGCUUGUGUCUGGAUCUGGCUGCGAGCCUGCUGGUGGACUCCCUGGAUGUCACAGAAGAAUCCCAGCGCGGACCCCGGAAUGGUUCUGCUGCGUUCCUGGCCAGUGUGAUGGAGCUGUGUGAACACAGCAGGAACGACUGGUACAGGGUCUACCUGAUCCGCAAGAUCUGCAGCCAGCAUGGAGUUGAGUUUGUCCAGAAGCUCCAGAAAGAGGCCAGCAUCCGCUGGCUGUUCCCCGAAGAAGUUCUUCAGCAGAGUCAAGAUGACAGCCUCAUAGAUCAGUACCUCGUGUGUGGAGAGGAUUACAAGGCAGUUCGAGAUGCUGUCGCCAAGGUCAUGAUGGAGGGCAAAGCGAAGCGAUUGGAUGCGGCUUGCGAGGGUUGUGCGUGUCCGCCACACAGAAGGACAGUUUACCUUUUUCUGGCUCUGUUCAGAGAAGUCACCUCUCUCUACAGGGCAGCUAACCCCACCUUCCACCCCAAACCUCAGCAAUGUGAGGCACUGGUAGCUUUCAUUGAGACCUCUAAAGUCCUGGCCACCCCACAAGUGAAGGCUUUUGCCCGGGCUCUGGUGGGCAACCAGCUGGGGGCCAUGGGAGUCCGACAGGGGGCCUCCACAGCAGAGAGUGUGGUGGUGGAGCUCACCGUCCACCUGGCUGCUGUCUUGCUCUGUGGGAACCCGGGCGUGAUGACGCCCCUUCAGCAGCUGGCACUGGUGCCCGCCAACAUGCAGAGAGCCUUCUUACCCACAAUGCCAGAGGACAUGCUAGCAGUAGCUCGCCAGGCCAUGGGACCAUUGCAGUGGUACUUGUGUCCAAAUGGUCACCCUUGUACCAUUGGAGAGUGUGGCCAACCUAUGGAGAGAAGCAAGUGUCUGGACUGUGGAGCGGUGAUUGGAGGAGACGACCACAGACCGGUCCAAGGCUUCAAUGUUGUAACUGAGAACCAGGGUGACCGCACCCAGACUGGCCACGUGCUGGGAGACCCCAGACGCAGGGCCCAGCCUGACAUGAUGGACACCAAGAACAUGUCCCCCGUGCCCUUCAACCUGGUCCGCCUGCUCACCCACAUGGCCAUGCUACUGGGCUCCACCAAUCACCGUCAGUCCAUUGCUGCCCUCAUCAAGCCUCCAGUGGCAGACCCAGAGAUGUUCCUCAUGGCCCACCUGCAGAAGGACGUGGAGCAGCUCACCAGGUCCCUGGGGAAAGGAGCCGACGACACGGUCAGCACCGUCCACCUGGUGAUCAGCAGCCUGCUGGAGCCACCUCGGCCUGGACAGUGGCCUGUUCAGUACGAUGACUUGCUCUCCACCAAAGACGCCAGAAACGCCUGGGAGACCACUGUCGGCAAUGACGUCAUCGCUCCUAAGCUCAAGGACCUGGACAGACACCUCAACAAGGUCAACGGCUUCAUCCGGACUGACACUCGGGUCUCCUCCAACCCCAUCAUGAAUCUGGUGUUUGGGGACCCUGCCCUGUUCAUGUCCUCGCUGCCCCAGGCCUCCCUCAUCCACGGUUCUGCCGUGUGGAGCUGCAGGGAGAGGGUGUCCCUGCUCAGCCUCGGCCACAUCGUGGAGCAGAACGACGGCAAGGACGCCCUCCCUGUCCUCUGGAGGUUCCUGCAGAAGGAGGCAGAGGUGCGUCUGGUGCGCUUCCUGCCUGACCUGCUGGGCCUGCAGAGGGACCUGGUGAAGAGGCUGCAGAACAUCUCAGACCUGCCCUGCAACACCAUUGGCGAGUUCCUCAACAACCAGAAAGCAGCCACUCUGAAAUCCUGGUAUGAGAAACGCAUCAAAAUCUUCCUGACAACUUGGAAUCAGCUCAGGGUGUCUCUGGAAACGAACGGUGAGAUUAAGAUCCCUGCUGAGUUCUGCCAAGAGGACCUGGACCUGAACAGCGACUUUCAAGUGCUGUUGCCACGGCGUCAGGGUCCGGGCCUGUGCUCCACAGCGUUGGUCAGCUACCUCAUCGCUCUGCACAACGACAUGGUCUACUGUGUGGACAAACACACCGGGGAGCAGACCAGCUACACUGUGAGCCCGGCAGACCUGACAGACCUCCACGUGGUCCGCUAUGAGCUGGAGAGAGACCUGCUGGCCCUGGUCCUGUCCAACUGCCAGUACAGCAUGGAGCGAGGCCAGGAGACCCUGCAUGAGUACGACCUGCCCAAGAUCCAGCAGCAGAUCCUCACGCGCUUCCUGCAGGGCAAACCCCGCAUCACCCUCAAUGGCAUUCCCACACUGGUGAACAGACAUGACCGCAAUUAUGAGAAUAUCCUCAAGGAUGUGAAAGAAAAAGUCGGACAAGAGUCACUGGCAGCCCUGGCCCUGUCAGGCCUGGCGGGGGAGCUGCAGUCCUACAGCGAGGUGUGUGAGGCCCUGGCCACGGUGGAGGUGGCCCUGGGCUUCCUGGCCAUGACCGGGGGAGAGGCCUCCAUGCAGCUGGACUGCUACCUGACGGAUGUGCUGCAGAUGGGAGACCAGACGGACCCACACAUCCUCAAGACCCUGAGCAGGUGCAGUCUGAAGCACUGUGUCGCCCUGUGGCAGCUCCUCACAUCCCUCAAGUCAGAGAACAUGCUGCGUCUCAAGAGGGACCCGUUUGUGGGCUUGUCGGAGGAGUACAGGACAGCGCUGGGAGAGGAGGAGCGUCGGGCACUGACGGGCUUCUUCUCCAAGGGCUGCGCUGACCCCUUCCUGCUGGAGAUGCACGAGUUCCUGCUGCUGGUUCUCAGGGACCCCCAGGCCCCAGACACCUACAGAGCCGACUGGGGUCUGAAAGACACGCUGGUCUCCUACAUAGAGCGUAAAGACCUGGACGUCCCACCCGAGGUGGAGGAGUUCUUCCCUGGGGAGAUCCUCUUGUCCCAUUACCUGGAGGUCUGGAAGCUGACUGUGGUCUUCAAGCAGGAGCGUAGCCAGAGAUAGAUCCAAACCAAGCACUUCUGCUCUGCCCUAACUGCCCUGUUAGACUGAGUUUACCUACAACAGCAAUGUUAGUUGGCUUAUUUUUCCACUGUGGCUCUUACUGUGUUUGUUGCUCGGGUAAAUCUCAAAAUGUGAGUUACAUGAUACUUAAAUGAUAAAUAAGUGUUAAAGAAGCAAUCAGAUUAAAUGCCUUUGACUUGGCUGUUGUAUGUGAACCUUUCUCUCUUGGCUGGAAGUUUACAAUCUUGUGUAUUAUUUGUAAACCACUUUGUACCUGUAUAAUUAGGGGUAUGCUGUCUGUUUUACACAGCAUAACCCAUGCAAGCAAUGCAAUUUGUGUUGAAAAGCACUCCUAUUUAGCUUCAAAGUGCCAAAACGGAAAACAAAUGUGUGCAAUAACGUACAUAAACUUAUUACUCAUGUCUGAUGAGUAACUGACUUUUAUUGAUCAACAAUGUACCUUAAUCAAAAACCAUAGCCGGUAAAAUAUAUCUUUUUUCAUUUUUUCUUUCAGCUAAUUGUUUUGUUGAAAUGUUCUAAUUUGCACUUCUUUUAAUGUGAAUCUAUGAGGUUGAGUUGUAAGAGUUUAAGAGAGAAGGAAGAUGUUUGAUUCUAAUAUAGUUAAAUUAUGUGUUUAACUCAGGUACACAUCUGUGUAAAUGAAUAAUGCAUCAGGUCUGAUGAAGAAAAAGAAACCACUUAGCAAACCAAUCAAAUACUCCAUGUACUAUGGCAGUGUAUGUCUUCAGCCACCUCCAUAACAAAGUUUCUUUGUGAUAGAUGUUUCUUUCUGCCACUGACGGUUACCUCAACCCAUAUUGUUGUGUCACAGUACACCUCUGUCACAAUACAUGUGACACUGCGUUCUGCCUCUGCUCUCUGAAGCCUUAGGGAAUAAUCAAACUCAUUAUGUGACUCGUUUGAUUUAAUGUAGGACCAUGUCUUUCUGUACUCAAUUGUUCAAAAGAGCAUCAUUCUGCUGUGACAAAAUAAAUGUUUUGCCUACUU